GGGCAUAACAGAGGGAUCAAGAAGGAAUCAUGGCCACUUCAGAGCUGAGCUGCCAAGUGUCUGAGGAAAACCAGGAGCGCAGGGAAGCCUUCUGGGCCGAGUGGAAAGACCUGACUCUGUCUACCCGGCCGGAAGAGGGAUGCUCCCUGCAUGAGGAGGAUACAGAGAGGCAUGAGACCUACCACCGGCAGGGACAGUGUCAGGCCGUGGUACAGCGCUCGCCAUGGCUGGUGAUGCGCCUGGGUAUCCUCGGCCGUGGGCUGCAGGAAUACCAGCUGCCGUACCAGCGGGUGCUGCCGCUACCCAUCUUCACCCCCACCAAGGUGGGGGCCGCCAAGGAGGAACGCGAGGAGACCCCCAUUCAGCUGCGGGAGCUGCUGGCCCUGGAGACAGCCCUGGGCGGCCAGUGCGUGGAGCGCCAGGACGUGGCUGAGAUCACCAAGCAGCUUCCCCCGGUGGUGCCAGUCAGCAAACCCGGGCCCCUGCGGCGUACCCUGUCUCGGUCCAUGUCUCAGGAAGCUCAGAGAGGCUGAGAGGACUGCGACCGAUGCAGACUCUGAUGUGUCUGCCUUGGGCUGGGCACUUCCUGCCUAGGACGAUGGGGGAGAGCUGCUGGCCAUGGCUGCUUUGUAGUUUGCCCAGAGGUGCGGGCCAUGGGAGGAGGGAGCCAGAGGCCAGGAUGCCUAGGUGUCCUGGGUCCCCACAGGGAGGGGAGCAAGGAUGGUGGACACUAGGAGUGGAGAGCUGAGUACCCUCAGCCCCAGAAGAAGGGACAAGAGAUUCUUUUGAGAGCCAGAGGCCCCGUGAGAGGCCCUGGAACCCGCCUGUGCGGUUACAGCGAUGGAGUAGGAGAAGGAAGGAUGUAGAAUGCUCCGGAAGGAUGCUUGGAGACCGGAAGGAGGGGGAUGUAAAGAGGGUGAAAGCAGGGCAGGCCCCCAGCACCCUCUGUUAGCACUGCAAUAAACGCUCAGCCAUGUC